ACUUUUGGUCGUCCCCAAUGGCUCUUCUCCUCAACGUCUCCUUUGCCUUCAAAUUCCCACCAAAGCCUCGCUCUUCUUCCUCUCUCUCCCGCUAUCCUACGCCCCAGAUAGGCACACUGCACAUCCCUAUUCAUUCUCACCCAAAGCGCACGUUAGCUUCUCCAAGUCCGAUCGUCGUGUGUUUGGGCGAAUGGGUCUCCAAGGCAAGCCUGCUGGCUGUCCUCUCCGCGUCUCUGUUCUUAGCCGACCCAGCACUCGCAUUCAAGGGUGGAGGUCCGUACGGUCAAGAGGUGACAAGAGGACAGGAUCUGACUGGGAAGGAUUUUAGCGGCAAGACAUUGAUCAAGCAAGACUUCAAGACGUCUAUAUUGAGGCAAACAAAUUUUAAAGGCGCAAAUUUACUUGGUGCAAGCUUCUUCGAUGCCGAUUUGACAGGUGCUGAUCUUUCAGAAGCUGAUCUCAGAGGGGCAGACUUUUCCUUGGCAAAUGUGACAAAGGUGAACUUGAGCAAUGCUAACUUGGAAGGUGCACUUGCUACGGGCAACACAUCUUUCAGGGGAUCCAACAUUACUGGGGCUGACUUCACGGAUGUGCCCUUAAGAGAUGAUCAACGUGAAUACCUUUGCAAAGUAGCAGAUGGGGUGAAUCCAAAAACUGGAAAUGCAACACGCGAGACACUGCUUUGCAGCUAGUCUUUCAUUGCUGCAGUAUCACAGUGUAUAGUUUAUCAGAGGGGAGCGGCUUUGCUGUGUCUGGAAGAGAUGCGGCUUUCAUUGGAGUUGAGUUUGACACUUGAUUUGCUGCGACUAUUGUAAUAUGUUGGCAAUAAUAGAGCAUUAUCUAGUCCCUCCAUUUAUUUAUAAGGCAACUGUAUAAUAUACAUUAUAAAAUGAAUAUCUACUAUAAAUCAGAAAAAAAUUUCUUUCUU